CCUCUCCCUCCCUCUCUCUCAGCCCGGUACCGCAUUGCUGUGCUGCAGGGGUGACUGCAUUGCGCUGGGGCCGUCAAUAGGUGGACCCCUCCUGGAGAAAUAAAACUGCCUGCCCGGGUACCAGCAGCCCCUGCUGUCUGAGAGCCCAGCUAACAGACAUCUUCACCCAACUUGCUGCAUCGCCCCAACAGGAUGGGGAAAGAGAAAACACACAUUAAUAUCGUGGUCAUCGGCCAUGUGGACUCCGGCAAAUCCACCACCACCGGCCAUCUUAUCUACAAGUGUGGAGGCAUCGACAAGAGGACAAUAGAGAAGUUUGAGAAGGAAGCAGCUGAGAUGGGGAAAGGCUCCUUUAAGUACGCCUGGGUCUUGGACAAACUGAAGGCCGAGCGGGAGAGAGGAAUCACCAUUGAUAUCUCUUUGUGGAAGUUUGAGACCACCAAAUAUUACAUCACAAUCAUUGACGCUCCGGGACAUCGUGACUUCAUCAAGAACAUGAUUACCGGCACCUCACAGGCAGACUGCGCCGUACUGAUCGUGGCGGCCGGUGUUGGUGAAUUCGAAGCUGGCAUCUCCAAGAACGGGCAGACCCGAGAACAUGCCCUAUUGGCCUACACACUGGGGGUGAAGCAGCUCAUCGUGGGCAUCAACAAAAUGGACUCCACCGAGCCCCCUUACAGCGAAAAGCGUUACGAUGAAAUCGUCAAAGAAGUUAGUGCUUACAUCAAAAAGAUCGGAUACAACCCAGCCACGGUGCCCUUUGUGCCGAUCUCUGGCUGGCACGGGGACAACAUGCUGGAACCAUCUCCCAAUAUGCCUUGGUUCAAGGGGUGGAAGGUGGAGAGGAAGGAAGGAAACGCCAGCGGAGUCUCCCUUCUGGAAGCUCUAGACACCAUACUCCCUCCAACUCGUCCAACAGAUAAACCUCUGCGGCUCCCCCUUCAGGAUGUCUACAAAAUUGGAGGCAUCGGCACUGUCCCAGUAGGCCGCGUUGAGACCGGUAUUCUGAAACCAGGGAUGGUGGUGACCUUCGCUCCAGUGAACAUCACAACCGAGGUGAAGUCUGUGGAGAUGCACCACGAGGCUCUGAGCGAAGCCCUUCCCGGAGACAACGUAGGGUUCAACGUAAAGAACGUGUCUGUCAAAGACAUCCGCAGAGGCAACGUAUGUGGGGACAGCAAAGCUGACCCACCCCAGGAAGCAGCUCACUUCACCUCCCAGGUGAUCAUCUUAAACCACCCUGGCCAGAUCAGCGCUGGUUACUCUCCAGUUAUUGAUUGCCACACCGCACACAUCGCCUGCAAGUUUGCAGAGCUAAAAGAAAAGAUUGAUCGGCGUUCCGGGAAAAAGCUGGAGGACAAUCCCAAGGCUCUGAAAUCUGGAGACGCAGCUAUUGUGGAGAUGGUUCCUGGAAAGCCCAUGUGUGUAGAAAGCUUCUCUCAGUACCCACCUCUUGGGCGCUUUGCCGUGCGGGACAUGAGGCAGACGGUGGCCGUUGGUGUCAUCAAGAAUGUAGAGAAGAAGGUCGGAGGAGCCGGCAAGGUCACCAAGUCUGCACAAAAAGCUCAGAAAGCUGGUAAAUGAAUCGCAGGCUCCCUGCAUCCGGCACACAAGCCCUGCCACUCCGAGAGGGUCGGACCCCUUCCCUUCGAGGUGCACGUCAGCCCAUCUGCUUGUAAAAGCCUGUACGUUAACGACUGGAUGCUUACCAUUAAAGUCCAGUGGAAGUUCUUUAAGAGGAAAAAGCAUGUCCCCACUAUGUGACCCAUAGUGUCCAUUCCACCAAUUAAACUGGUGCAGCAUCUGUGA